UGUGUGUGAGUGAGUGAGCGAGUGAUCGAGUGUGUGAGAGAGAGAGAGAGAGAAAGAGAAGGAAAGAAAAGGAGAGAAAAAGCGAGAAAGAGAGAAUCGCCCUCGGAGAAUCGUAAAAAAGGGCGCGAGUGAAGCCCCUUUGUUCCGUGAUUGGCAUCGCGCGCGCAUACGUUUUCCGUUCGAUGGCGCAGCUCCGAUUUGUUUUGUUAUACGUUGUGCGAUACGUCGUCCCAUCGUCGUUGUCAUCCUCGUCGUCGUCGUCAUCGUCGUCGACCUCGUCGUCGUAUCGACGCUAUUAUCGAAACAGAAAUCAUUUUCGUGUCGAGCGACCGUCCUAAACGAGAUAGUAGACGAAGCGAAGAGAAGACGAAGCUUGACGUGAGAAAAGGAGAGAUAUAUAUACAUAUACAUAUACACGAAGAGUGGUGGAAGCGAAAGGAAGAAUCAAACGUGCGGAGAUUGAGAGAGAGAGAGAGAGAGAGAAGGGGAAAGAACAAGCUAGAGAGAGAGAGAGAGUAUCAGAACGCGCCGAGUGCGCGAGUGCUUUGUUUUGACGAGCAGCUGAUCCGUGCUGUGUCGUGCCGUGAACGUUCUCUCUCUCUCUUUCUCUCUCGUUUUUCCCUCUCUCCCUCUUUGUUUCACUCCUUCAUCUUCUCAUUCUUUCUGCUUUGCGACGCGUCAGUGCAUUUUCACGAACGGAAAAAGCAGCUGUCCGGAAAAGCAGCCCGUCGCUCCAAAUCGUGUCUCUUUUCUCGCAGCUGCUGUUACCGCUGCUACUGUUGCUGCUGCUGCUGCUGCUGCUGUUACCACUGCUGCUACUGUUACUACUAAAUGCAUUUUACUCGCAGAGCGUCGCGACGGUGGCUCUUUACUCGACUUUGUGCUCCAAAGCACCCCGAGUUUUCCUGUACGAUCGAACGCUUCUCGUAAUAAAAUAAUUAAACUCGAUUUUCGCUGUUAUCGCGAUAGAGAAUUAAAAAUCGAUCGUCGUCGGCGUCGUCGUUGUUUCGUCUUCGUCUCCCUUUAAAAACUCGUCUUUCACGGAGCGGAGGAAGAACGUCCUCGUGAGUGUUGCCGCUGCCGCCGCCGCCGCCGCCGUCGUCGUCGUCUUCUGCUUCGAGACAUAAAUUAAAAGGAGAAAGAAGAUACAAGGAAAUAUAUUAUAUAUACAGAAAGAAAAAAGAAAUAUACACACACGCGUACUCACAAAAGGAAAGAAAGAAAGAAAGAAGAAAGAAGAUAGAUAGAUAGAUAGAUAGAUAAAUAAAUAAAUAAAUAAAUAAAUAGAUAGAUAGAUAGAUAGAUAUAGAUAAAGCGAGAGAGAAAAGGAAAGACCAGAGAAAUAUACGAAAUAAUUGAAAUAAAAGAAGAGUAAAUAAUCGUUCGGCAGCGAAAUCGGGUCCGUUCGAGAGGCGAUCGUUUUCUCUGAAUGAUCUACGACGUGAUCAGACGUCGUACGCGAGGUAGCUCACAGAGAAGAAGGAACAACAGCGCUCGUCGAGAUCAUCGUCGUAAUAAAACGAGAUCUUCCUCGUCCUCGUCAUCAUCCUCGUCGUCGUCGUCGUCGUCGUCGUCGUCGUCGUCGUCGUCGUCGUCGUCGUCAUCGUCGUCAUCGUCGUCAUCGACAUCGUCCUCGAGGAACAACGGGAUCGUCUCGGCGAUCGAUGCGGCAUAGUGAAACCGGGGCCGUACUCGCGAGCUUCGAGAAACCUGGGGUACGGCCCCGAUCGAGCUGACUAUAGGAGUGGAGUCCCUCGAGGUGACGCCGAGGGAGAGACCGGAGAACGCCGUUUUUCUUCUCUCUCUCUUUUUUUUUUCUUUUUUCUCCCUCUGUCCUUCUUUCCUCUCUUUGUCGAGAAGACGAAGGAGAGAGAGAGAGAGAAAGAGAGAGAGAGAGAGAGAGGGAGGGAGGGCGGCUGCCGACCAUUUUUCGAGCGACCAUCGCUAAACGCAAAGUACGGAUGCUUCGAGUUUCUCGAAAUCGGUGAGGAAGUCUGAACGAGAGAGGAAAGGGUCUCAUUUCGCUCUCGAGCGAACGGCACGAAGAUGCUCUACAUAUUUCAUGUGGAUACCGGUACCACCAUUACUUUCGACAUCAAGUUGGCUCUGCAGAGUGUCGCUCAAUUAAAGGAAGCAAUCGAGAGAGAAUGUGGAGUUGUGGCGGUCCACCAGGUGCUCUUGAUGAGCGGAGGCGAAAGCUUGGAACCGAACGCCCGUGUCUGUUCCUACUCGGCUGGAACCGAUACGAAUCCGAUCUAUUUAUUCAGCAAGGCCGCCAUUGAGAGCAACCUUCCACCCACGCCAAGCAUAGACUACGGUUCCGAUGUGGAUCUUCAGACUCAAAUCGAUACUUCUCUCGAGAUGCCAGCUACUUAUCAGACUCUCGUUGCACGCGCCCAACUCGCUCAACAAUGCUGCGGGCUGGCACGCGAACAAACGAGAAUCUGCGAGAGACUGGUUCACGAUCAACAUCUCCAGCAACAGGGUUGGGCCGCGGUGGUUGCCAAUCUCGAGGACAUUACGCAGAUGUUUCAAUCGAGAGCGGAACUAUUGCAGCAAAGUUUCACCGUUUACCUCGCCGAGAGGCAACAACAAAUGCAAUUGUUGAACAACUUCCAGCAGGAUUUGGAAACUCUAGCAAAGAUUCCAAUUUUACCUGCGCUGAGGGCCCAAGCGGAAGGUCUCCUGAGUCCGGACGAUCAAGCGGAAAACUCGGAGCAACAGUCAGAGAACAGCGAGGAAGUUUUAAGUCUUCUUCGAUGGAUCUCCGCGAAGGACAAUCAAAGUAGUUUGGAACAGGUGGCCGAGCAAUGCAGCCGAGGCUUGGAACAGUUCGACGAAAGGGUGAUGGAAACGUUGAAGGCCGAAGUGAACGCCGCGAUUGACAAUGCGAACAAGCAAGACAUGAAGGAAAUAAAGGGCCUUGGGGAGAGGCUCUUCGCUCUGGAACAGCUAAUGGCACAAACGAAGAAGCUCGUUCACGAGCAGGGCGAGCUCGCUCAGGGAUUUCUUCAGAAUCAAAAUCGCGCAAACAAUCUCGGAGAUGCGAGCGUGUUACCCGAUCUCUGUACCUCGCAUAGGAGGCAAUUAGUCGUUAUGCUUCAGAAUCAUAAUCAGCUGCGUGACAUUCGGCGCAGGUGUACCAAAGCAAAGGAGGAGUUGUCCGUUAAUAUCUAUCAUCGGUUGAAAUGGAUAAUGUACGUGGAGAACAAGAUGAUGGAGGUCGACGGCAAACUCGUGAUGUAUCACGAGAGCCUGAAACGUUUGAGACGUCAUCUCGAGGUACUGCAGCAGAUUCACUUGGCACCUCAAAUGUAUAUGCGUGCUGUCGCCGAGGUCGUCAGAAGGCGAACCUUCUCUCAAGCGUUUCUCGUGUGGGCCAGCAAUCUCGCCUGUCAGUUGUUGACCGUACAUACGGAGGAACUGGCACGUAGGCGCGAGUUCCAAAGUAAAUUCGACGGUCACUUCCUGAAUACCCUCUUCCCCGGUCUGGAGGACACGCCACCGGCGUACGCCACGGAGGCUCCCUCGGUUUUCGACAAUGGAUUACCAAAGUUAACUGCGAGCGACAUGGAGUCCCUAAGAUCGCAGUUGCCCGGUUUAGCGCUGAGCAUCUCUACGCCGGAUUUGAACAGCAUAACGCAGUUCUUUCUCUCGAAAAGUCUGACCGAAGCAAGCACGGAAGGGAACAAAGAGAAAGAAAGUAUGUCGGCGCGGGUGGAUGGUCCUUCCAAAGAGCAGGAUCGCGUUAGAGUGCCGGCGCUGAGCGACAGAGGUGGAUUUGAGUCGGAAACGGAUACGGAAGAGUUCGAGAAAAUUGGACAAGGGACGACGGAUUCGAAACCUAGUUCCUUCGACGGCACCCAACAGAAACGUCAGAAACAAUUGGAGGUUGGUGCCUCGCGAAGCGUGUCCCCCGCUUCCUCCAGCUCGACUAACGUCUCGCCAUUAAACACGAAGGUCGCAGACCUGACAAGCCGAUUUUCCACAUCGAACGAACCCGGUUCCUUCCAUUUUCCUAGUCUUACCAUCGGCGAACGACCGUCUCAGUUAAGUCCUCUCACCGAGUGCGCGGAGAACGGUGAAUCUUCCAGUCAGUUGCAAAGUGCUACAUACGGUUUUCCAAAGCAUCGGCAAAUAACUCCGUCCGUAUCCUCCGACAAGAUCGAGGAGACGAAUUCCUUGUGUCCGAAUCCUCCUACCUUACCUCACUCCGUGACGUGCGACGGCCAGCAACAGCAGCUACAGUAUUACCAGCUGUCCGGUAGCGGUGGUAGCAGCCCUUCCAUCGGGGUUGGCGCUACCGACUUCAUGGGUACCGAGUUUUACAUGGACGAUUCUUUGCCGAGCAGCCUCAGCGAACCUCCCGCCGACGGGCACCAGGCUAUCGUUUCCUUUCUUCAGGAGAGCCUCGGCAAUACUCGCGAAGAAGUGGAAAGAUUGCGUUCGAUUCUAAGGAGUAUGAAAGUGGUCGUGAGCGAAGCCUUGACCUCCGUCCGAAAAGAGUUGGUCGUUUUACGAGAUCGAUCGGAUUUCGGUAACAGUGGUCUUGCGGAGUUGACAGAGCGUAUUCGUGAGGCGUUAACGUUGUACUCGAACGAGUGCGACCGUCGUUUGCGAGAACGCGAGCAAGAAUUAACCGUAGAUCACGAGCUCGAAAUGGGUGACGUUAAGAAGCUGAUACAGAGCCGAGACGAAGAGAUCCGUAUCGUGAAGAGGACUCUACUGGAAAAGGAAACCGAGUUGGCCGAGCACGAACGUCUGCUCGGCACAAUGCGUCAGAAAUUGGAUGCGGAGCAAGCUGACAUGAGGAAUUUGCAAUCUCGUCUACACCGGCAAAUGGAUGAGACCUUGGAACAGGCUCGUAUCGACAAGGAAACAGCCGUCGAGAAGGUAAAUGACGAGAAGUUUGUGGAAAUCGCUUCUUUGACCAAUUCCUUAACCCAAUGUCAGAAACGCAUAAAAGAACUCGAAGAGAAUUUGGCAGCUGCUAGAACGGAACAACAAAAGAUGGUGAAGGAGGCUACGGACAAGUUGCAAUUGGAGUAUAAGACCGAGUUAGAGGCUAUUAGAAGCCGUUUCAAGUUAACGGCGGUUAGUAUAAUGGAAAGGAGUCCUAGCGAUUCGAGUUUGGAAAAGAUAGAGCGGCCCGACGUUAUCGAACUUGUUAAUCACGAGGCGAUAUUAGCGCAAGCGAAGGAAGAUAUGAAACUCGAGAAAUCAGCAGCUAUCCGUACCGCGAUUGAAAAAGAACGUGCCGAUUGCGUGGCCAAAUUGGACCACGAACUUCGAUUGGCCAGGCAAGUGGUACAAGAGAGGGAGAGGAAAAUUGAGUUGUACAGGAUAAGGGAAGCUGCGCUUAUGGAAGAAUGUACAUGGUAUAAAAAUACGAUUACACGAUUAACCAAAUGUGAAAAUUUGUCUAGGGAGGCGCUCAAUGAAAAGGUAGAGAAUUUGGAAACCGACAAAGGUUGGCACGAAGGGAAACUCUCUUCCGAGAGAAAGAGUCGGGAUCAGAAAGAGAACAUAGUCCUUAUAAUCGAAUCGGCGUCGCGAAAGGAAUUCGGUGACGAUCGUUUGGAUAUGAGUCAAAGCAAUUUGGGAGAAGCCAUGAAAAGUUUGGAAAGUGACAAGGACGAGGUCGAGGCUUCGGAAUCGAAAAAGGUACGAUUGGAAGCGGACGACGAUCGUUCUCGUUUAUCGAGAAGACUCGAGAUUCUCGAAAACGACAAUAAGAGACUAUCCGCCGAAUUGAAGAUGAUUAAAGAGAGUAAAGAAGUUUCUGACGCCAAAGUCGAGGCUUUAGAGGCCGACAAGGUUCGCUUGGAAAUCGAAUUGGUGAAGGAACGAAGCAGAAGAGAUUUCGCAGAGUCCUCUUCUUCGUCCGAUGGUCGCGAAAAGGAAAUGAACGCUUCCGUUGCCAUCGUUUCUGGAUCGUCAUCGAGUCGCGAUGCUGCGACUAGUCCGGAUGGCGCCGUACCUUACUUUCACUUGUCGCACCUUUGGAAGAAAAAGAACAUUACAAAAUUGGUUCAACAGGGUCGUAUUACGGUAACCACGUGCAAUCCCGGCGACAUGGUCCUCGUUGUUUGGGAUCCGAUUCAUUGGAGUUACGCCUUGCUUCAGGAAUCCUCGACCCUUUAUUUUGUAAAUUCGGAUUGCGUGGAGUCCUUAGGAUUUACUGCCGACGGGGCUCCCAAGAUAUACGAAGCUAUCGUCGAGGUUAUCAAUAAGGAGUACUGCAUAGCAAGGAAGUCGACGAAUCGAUACCGCGUCUCCCAAGGCACUAAGUUCUACCAAGUGCGCAUAAAGCCAGUGGAAGACGUCGUUGAGAAAACGAAAUCUCAGAUGGCGAAAGGCGACGGGGAGUAAUUUCUACUCGAUACGUCCGUCGGUCCUCAGCUUUUAGCAGCGCACUGUGGUCAUGGAUAUAUAACCGAUGUGGUGCGUUACUUGUUUUACGAGUGAAAACGAGAGAAAAUAUCUCGAACCGUCUGGAGAACUCGAAUCAAGGUUCAAAUUUGCCAGAGCCUCUUCAAGAUGCAUCCUCAUUGUCGAUGAAAUUAAAAAUAUAUGCAAGAAUAAGUGAGAUGUGAUAUUGAAAAUAUGUGAACGGAUGCGCUGGCGUUUCAUUGUGAUAUAAAUAAUUUUUAAUGAGUGAAACAUAAUUGCCGAAUGCUGUGGUGGUUAGCUGUGAAACGUGACGACAUUUACGAUUCUCUCUCUGUCCGUAUUGAUUUCUUUUUUCUGUCUUUCUUUCUCUUUUUUCUCUCUCUUCCCUUUUCUUUUUCUCUCCACGUGAGCAUAACAAGAAAGCACGAACACUUAACGAAUGUCAUCGAUGACUUCUGCAAUUUGACGAUAGGACGAUCGCGCGUAAGAAAGUUCAUUAGGGUUUAAAACUUUAGCGAAACCUAUGCGGAGAGAAAUGAAGCGAGAGUUUUUAGUUUUCGUAAUUUCGCUUUGAAACUUCCGCGUUCGAACAAUUAAUUACCUUUGCACCGUGUGGAAGCGUAGUUGUAAGUUUUACAAAGAAAACAUUUUGUAUAUAUAGUUUAUAUUAUAUACAUAUUCGCAUUACAUAAUAUAUACGUAUAUAUGUUCGUGCGUACACAUAUAUAUAUAUGUGUGUGUGCGUAUGGAUCUGUGUACGUAUGUAUGUAUGUAUUUAUAUAUGUAUCCAUAUACAUAUAUACAUACCGUUGUACGAAGCGUGCAAUAUUUGCAUAUGAGAUAUCGUAGUAGGUCCUAAGAGACGACAACUAAAGAUUUUGUAAAAUGAAUUAUCCUCUCGUGAAUGUUACUGUGCAAUUUCGUAAUCUAUUCCCGCAAGAUUUUCGUAACUCUUACGAGUAGGGAACGUGUUAGUCGUUUUUUUUCCUCGACCUCUUUCGAUAACCGGCCUGCUUCGCGAACUUUUCCCACGGAGGGUUUUGCUAAUUUCUUUUGAAGAAAAGAAAAGAAAAUAGAAAAGAAAAGAAAAGAAAAGAUAUCGCGAAG